AUGUCACGAGCGCGAAGAUUAGCGGGAUUGCCACCACCUAAAGAUGAUUCGAUCAUAAAAUCAAACAAGCGCUCAUCAAUUUCACCUUCUUCAUCAAAAUCGAUACAACCUAUUAAAAAGAUAAUCGUACCGAAAAAUCUAAAAUCAUCAAGAAAAUUAUCAAGGUUUGAGUCUAGAAUACCACUUACAUCAAACGAGGAUAAGGGCAAUUUAAUGAACGUUGAUGAUGCAAAUAAAGAAUCGAAUACAAUUAAAAAGUCGACUUCAACAUCAUCGUUGACGUCCUUACCAGAAGUGAAAUCACGAAUUCAAAUUUUCCAAGUUCCAAUUAAAUCGGCAAGUAAGCUACCAAAGUUUCAAAAGGAACGGUUUGAACAACCGGAAAAUCCAUAUUUAUUAAAGGUUGUAGUUUUGGGAACUCCUAAUGCAGGAAAAUCUACAAUGUUGAAUGCACUAUUUGGUGAAACAAUAUCAGUGGUUUCGAAUAAAGCGCAUACAACGAGGGAAAGAAUUUCUGUGGUAUUUACCGAAGAGAAUAAGCAAUUAGUAUUUAUCGAUACACCUGGAAUCGUGCCAGGGCAUAAUCGUCCAAAAUUGAACCGUGGGUUGAUUAAUGCAUCAUGGCAUUCAAUACAGGAAGCUGAUCAUGUGUUGGUAAUAAUCGACGCGUUCAGGGCGUUAUAUCGUACUACAUACGCAGAAAGUUGGUUAUUGGAUAGGCUAACGGAAUAUAAAUUACCAGGAACGUUGGUAUUGAAUAAGAUUGAUUUGUUAUCCAAUGAAAAGGAAUCGAUACCGUAUAUUUAUAAAAAAUUCACGUCACAAUACCCUUAUUUUAAAGAUAAAACGAGCAUAAGCGCGUUGAAACGGAAUGGGAUAGCAAAUUUGAAGGAAAUAUUAUUCUCCAACGCGUACCCUCAUGAUUGGAUUUGUCCACCAGAUCAUAGGAUUGAUAUGGCAGAGAUGAAACGCGUUGAAGAUUUCAUUAGAGCAGAAAUUUUUGAAAGAUUACGUGAUCAUUUGCCUUAUGUCGUGAGACAGGAAAACGUUGGAUGGACCGAUUUACCAAAUAAUAUUUUAAGGAUAGAUCAAAAUAUCUAUACCGACAAUCCUUCGCAACAGAGAAUAUUAAUAGGAGCAAAUGGUACAGUAAUAAAAACUAUUGGAGUGAGAGCUGCAACAAAAUUAUCGGCAAUAUUUGGUAAGACUGUUAGGUUGUAUUUGACAGUUAAAGUCAGAUCGUUGGAAAAGAAUAAAAAGAGGUAUUAA